CCUCAUUCAAUCACCAGCAGUGUUUUGUCUUCUCGACUUACUAGUCUAUUCUUUACCUCUGCCAACCAGCCGUUUCAACUCGAAAACAAGAAAAUGGUGUUUGAAACAACGGGCAAGUUCCAACUAGUCAUUGGAGAUGACGACAACUACGACAAAAUCAUGGAGGCCGUCGGCGUCCCUCCGGAGAAGCGCCAAAAAGUUCGCAGUUUAAAGCCGAUCGCCGAGUUCUCUCACGACGGUGACCAAUACAAAGUGACUGGAUCGGCCGAAGGCUUCCCUGAACGCACUAAACUCUUUAUCUUGGACGUCGAGCAGGAAGAGACCACCAUGGAUGGACGUAAAGUCAAGAGCACUUAUCGACGCAACGGAAAGAACAUGGUCCAAACCGAAGUGCAGGAGAAUGGCAUGGCCAUUGUCUACAACCGGGAAAUCAAAGGAGACGAGAUGCAUGUCAAAAUCACCUACGGUAACCUGGAAGCCAAUCGUGUCUUCAAACGGCUGUAGAUUCUGUUCAUGGAUCAACGCUGCUGAUGGGCCUUUCCAGAGCAAGAAAUUGUUGGCAAGUUAGUCAAACCACUAUAGACGUCACACACAAUCCAAAAAGAAGUUGCUAAAUUUUAAACGAUUGGCUUUUUGGAAUAACGAAUACACUUUUUGCCUGGCA